CAUUUCUGUCAGUUUUUGAUCGAAACUCAAAGUGUGUCGCUGGUAAAAGCUAAUUACCAUUUCAUGUUGAGUAGCUGAUUUUUUUAUUGUCUCUGAGGAAAUUUUGAUGAAAUUAUUUUGAGCUGCGUUGCACGGAAAAUGGCGAUAAAUCCCACCUCAAGAAAAAAAACCAUGAGUGACCCGAUGAAGGAAUUAAUGUCAGACCAAGAAGGCCAGGAGAGAUGCAAAAUAUGGGUUAAAUCCCAGGCUACCCUCCUGCAGCCACCGGUGCCAAGUUUCAAACGUCCAGCCGAAUGUGACCUCGACGAGUGCUUCGAGACCGAUUCAGAAUUUGAUUCCGUGUCUGAGUGUGGAGGAAAACGAAGGAGAACCGCUAUACAGAUGAAGAAGGAAGUCCUGAAUUUAAUCUGCGAGUGGAAAGAUUGCACUUUCAAAACAUCAUCGAUUGAUCGUUUUGUCAGCCAUGUUGCCAGUCACGUACCUGACUUGCAGAUUAAGCUGACUGAGAGUGGAGAUCAGGUUUAUGUUUGUCAGUGGCAUGAUUGUGCGUUUGAGAAUGGAAUUUCUGCGGAGAUUACCCGACACGUCAAUUUCCAUGCUUAUCAUACGAAGCUCAAGUGCAUCGGGACCAAUAUCAGAGGGAGAAUUAAAUUGCCAAAAUGUUAUCGAGAAGAUCUGGGAGUCAACAUCUUCAACAUCUCGUCUCCUCAAAUAUGUCAGUGGGAAGAAUGCCUGAGGAUGUUCAACAAUUUCCAAUUAUUCUUGUACCACAUCAUCCAGCACCUGGAGAGCAAUCCUCGGGGGAAUAAAGUCGAGGGUGGAGUGAGCUGCAAAUGGACGGGGUGCAAGGGAAAUUAUCCCAGUCUUUACAAACUCAAGGAUCAUAUCAGGUGCCAUACAAAGGAGAAAAUCGUUGCAUGCCCCGACUGUGGGGCUGUCUUUGCUUCUAAUACUAAAUUUCAUGACCAUUGCCGACGUCAAAUUCCGUUGGAAGUUCAGGGAUUUCAGUGCUCGUACUGCACGAAAUUCUAUCCUACAGAAACGAUUCUUCGUGAACACAUGAGGUUCCACGUUUUCAAUCAUAAAUGCAAAAUUUGCGACAUGAGCUGUGAGUCCCCAGCGAGUCUGGUGAAGCACAUUCGUUACAGGCAUGUGUCAGCACGACCAUUUCCAUGCCAACUUUGUUCGCACUCGGCCAAGUCUCAGCAAGAUCUGGAUUCACACAUGACGGUCCACACGAAUGGGCCCAAUUUUUUCUGUAAUUACGAGGGAUGCAGUUACACUUGCAAAAAUGCUUAUGUUUUUGACAGACAUAUCGAGCGUGUCCACAGCGCCGAGGUGCGUUGGUACUGCUGCCACGAGUGUCCCAUAAAAUACAGAAAGAGUUACACCCUGACGAAGCACCUGGUGGAGGUGCACAAUCUCCAGUGGCCCAAUGGCCACAAGAGAUUUCAGUACACGAGGGAGGACGAUGGUUGUUAUAGACUGCAGAGAGUGAGAUACGAGGGCAUCGAGGACGACGCCGAUGGAUCUGAAAAUGAGCUGAAAAAUUCUGAUCAAGCGAAAAAUUACAAAAUAAAGCUCAAUUCCAACUGUACAAUUCCCACCUUUGAGAUUGUCGAAGACACUGGAGAAACCGACAGCGAAGUUGCCCUCAAAGUAAACACAGAGACUGAGGACACUGUUGGUAAAUCAAUGCCAGUGAUCUCCAAUAUUUUGAUAUCAAUCGACGAAGUCGACGCCUACGGAAAUAUAAUCGAGAGUAAAAUAAUUCAGACUCAAGAAACAACGGAAUUACCCCCCUCAGAGGAGCCUCCUGUUAUCCUGACGUGAAAGCCUGGCCCCGGAGCCCCGAUUUAUUUUCCUACGAUAAAAAUAAGUAUCAGAUAUCUGUGAUAACUGUCACAAAGAGGCCCUGCAUGAGGAGCUAUUUUCAUACCUUGAAUGUGAAUCCAUUUUUUAUAAUCGCAAAUCAAAAUAAAUUUAUUCAAAUGAACAAA